GAGUAGCGAGUAGCGGCGGCCGUGCCGCUCCGCUGCGCUCGGGCGGUCCUUCCCGGCGGCGGCUCCGCAUCCCGCGGGCCAGCCCCGGGCAUGCGGCGGCGGCAGGAUCGGCGGCGAGACUCCCCGCAGCGCGGCGGCUGCAUGUCCCGGGGCGCCGGGCAGCGCUGCCCCGGCGCGGGGGGGCUCUGACGGCCCGCCCGCCGGCCCCUCGGCCCCUCGCCAUGCGCGGCGGGCGGUGCUGGCUGCUGCUGGCGGCGCUGGGCUGGCUGCUGCCGGCGGGGGCCGCGGCCAGCGGCGAGUACUGUCACGGCUGGCUGGACGGGCAGGGCGGCUGGCGGGACGGCUUCCAGUGCCCCGAGCGCUUCGACGGCGGCGACGCCACCAUCUGCUGCGGCAGCUGCGCCCUCCGCUACUGCUGCUCCAGCGCCGAGGCGCGCCUCGACCAGGGCGUCUGCGACAACGACCGGCGGCAGGGCGGCGGCGAGCCCGGCCGCCCCGGCAAGGACGGCCCUGACGGCGCGGCAGUGCCCAUCUACGUGCCGUUCCUCAUUGUUGGGUCUGUAUUUGUCGCCUUCAUCAUCUUGGGGUCUCUGGUGGCAGCCUGCUGCUGCAGGUGCCUGCGGCCCAAGCAGGAACCCCAGCAGAGCCGAGCCCCUGGGGGCACCCGCCUGAUGGAGACAAUCCCCAUGAUCCCAAGUGCCAGCACCUCCCGGGGCUCCUCCUCCCGCCAGUCGAGCACCGCUGCCAGCUCCAGCUCCAGUGCCAACUCGGGGGCCAGAGCCCCCCCAACCAGGUCCCAGACCAACUGCUGUUUGCCAGAAGGGACCAUGAACAACGUCUACGUCAACAUGCCCACGAACUUCUCGGUGCUGAACUGCCAGCAGGCGACACAGAUUGUGCCUCACCAGGGGCAGUACCUGCACCCCCAGUACGUGGGCUACACUGUGCAGCACGACUCGAUGCCGCUGACCCCAGUGCCCCCCUUCCUCGACGGACUGCAGAGUGGCUACAGGCAGAUCCAGUCUCCCUACCCGCACACCAACAGCGAGCAGAAGAUGUAUCCAGCUGUGACUGUGUAGUGCUGGCGCCUUCUCACCCUCCCCGCCCAACAGAUUUUUAGCAUCUAAACUGAAUGAAGGAGAAAUACUUCCUCGGAAAGCAGCUCCCAGAACAUCACUUGUAAAUAAUUUUGAAAGACUCAUGCAUGUCAGACAGUGUUUAUAAACCAUUUAUUUUCAUCGGGGUCCGUUGCCAGAAACUGUAGGAUGAUAUCUCUGAGCGAACGUUGCCAGAUACGCUCCCAUUCCAGCACAUGAUUUACAGCGUCAAAGGAUUACGCUGAGGAUGCAUGUGGAUUUCAGAUCCCUGUGCUCGUGAGAUAAAUCCUGGAGCCAUUAAGUGCCCUUCAGGUAUGACAUGGUCGGAAGUAUUUGCCUAAUUAAUUCGUAGAAAGAGUUUUGUUACACUGUACAAGACCGCAGUACUUAAGAAACCUCCUUUCUCCUCGCCCAGCUCCUUAAUGACGCUUCCUGUUGCUUCACAGACAAUCACAAGCAAGAGCUGAACCUCCGAGCCGGGCAGUCCCUGCGGGCCAGGUGCUGGUACCGGCCCUCAUGGCUUCCCAUGUACCCCGGGUUUGGGGUGAAAUGCCACAAAAGGCUUAGGCUUUCAAAGAUUAAUUUUCCUUCUCCUUGGUAUUUAUGUAGGAGUUAGAAGUGUGUGAAUUACUUGGCUCUUCCAGUGCGUUUGAAACCCUUCUUGAUUUGGUUUUGCCUCAAGAUCAGGACCCAGUAGUGGUUUGUGCAGACUUUGUGAACUUUUUAACCAAAAACAGGGUACAAGGUGCUUGCUGUUCCUGGUGCUCAGCAAAGCUUUCAGCACAGCUAGCAGUGUCUGAGCUGAAGCUGCCUUUGCAGAGAAGGGUCGUACUGUGACUCCAAACAUGCCUGAUUUAACCUCACUUCCCAUGAAACAGGAAACCCGUGUGAACACACACCAAGUUGUCAGCCCCAAGCCCUGCUUGUGAUUCAGUCUGGCUGUAGGAGAAUGGGCUUUGUCCCCCCACCAGCCCACCCUGAGUCCCUGAUCCUGCCCCACUGAGGGGGCAUGUGUUACAUAAAGCUGCCCCAACAUGGAUGUGGAGGGGCUGGCGGGGGUUUGAAACCCAUCCCCUUCUUUACUUGUGAGGCAGAGGACUAGGAAGGCACAGCUAUAUUAAAAAACAUCAGGGCCCAACCAAAGGAUGGAGGUGGUUGUGGCUCCCUGUGAUGCUGGGGGCUCAGGGAGGAGGUGGAAUGUAGGGGGCACACUGUGCACUGGAGCUGCUGGCUCCUUCUGGCUUUGCUGCAUCUGGGGAAAAAUACCUCUCCAGGUUGAAGAGGCAACAGCGUACUGGGAAUAAUCAGACUGUGCUAAUUGUAAUACAUGACCCUGGAUGAAACAAACCAUUUAAGGCUGGUUUGGGCACUUAAAAGACAUAGUCUGCAUUUCCAUCCAUUUGUUCUUCAGCCAAAACACCCCAACAGAGGACUGAGGGCACAUACCAAAAUCAGGCAAUUACUGUGACCAGACCAGAGCUGAUGAACCCUUUCUUAUUGUCUGAUACUGUAUCAGUAUGUAGCAAUAACUGUGAUACUACUAUUUUUUGUAUGUCUGUUUUUAAACUACGUGUAUGUGUGGAAGCAUUGCCAAAUCCUAUGGUUUACUCAUCAACAUGCCACACACAGGCAGUCUGCAGCGGGCAGAAGUUGUUGGACCACUGACAUGGUGAAAUGAAUAGGUGAUUUAUCCCAGGGCUGCUGUUCCUGGCUGUGAUUGCCCUUUCAGCCUGUAGGACCUGGACAGAAAGAUUGGCUUAGGAGACCCAGCUUCCUCUCCAGCCAGGCUGGGUGGCUUUGGGAUGGCAGCAGCCAGCUGCUGGAGGCAGCGGGUGACAAGUCUGCUCUGCUCACACAGCUCGGGGCACCUUCAAAGGCAGCAUGUGCACCAGAGCUGGGUGCUGCCAGGCUUUUGGAGGACCCAACGUGUGCUUGGGUAGCAUGGAGAUUUAGUUCUCUACCUGCUCACGUUUCAGCUUGGUCACACUAGCCUUCCAAAGCUGAGUUGGCAUCAGGCACAGGGGCUCAGAUGCCUUCAGCUGCUGGUGGCUUUGGCAGGAGCUGAAGGUGUUUGACCCCCAGUAAGACCUGGCCUGUUGUGCGACCAGACAAGUCUAUCCAUGUGCUCGUCAUCUUUCCCAGCUGUGAACCAAGUCAGCUCUCAUGCUCUGCCAGUGCGCGCUGCCUGCCUUGCGUGUGCCCUGGCAAGGACACCUCCUCUGACCUAUGAAAUUCAGGUGAAUCUCUUUGUAUAUUGUUUACUUGUUUAAAAAAAAUAAUAAAAAUGAGUAAGUUAAAUUUAAGUCUGUAGAAAAUAAUUUACAACUGAAGGCAGAGAAACCUGAGUUGUAAUAAAAGGAAGCUUGUGAGAUGUCAUGUGUUUGGUUUUUUUAAUGUCAUGUACAAUAAUGUAAAACCAAUGUUACCAUUUGAUAUAGCUUUUGAAUCCCCAAAAGGGCACCUGCUUUAAAGUGUUUCUUACAAAUGAAGAAAAAAGGCCCCUUUGUUUCUUAAUAAAUACUUUAUGGUGUGA